UUUGGCCAAACCAGGGUAACUCAAUUCGCUCUUGAAUUAAAUAUGUUUUAAAGACCGCUUUAAUGGCGUUAACAAUUACAAAAUUUCGAAAUUCGAGUGCGAUGGUGGUGGCCGCACAGCCCGCAGUGAUCUUGAGCCCCAAAAUACUAGAUUCCCAGGAUAACACAAAGAAACCGUUUACAAAAUUGGAGUCGGGAAAGGCAUCAGUGAGAGUUAAUGCAGAAGGUAUAGUUCUUAACAAAAUACCAGCGAUUAUAAGGCCAAGUAUGAAGCGAGCAGCAACAGGAAAGAUAACUGGAUCCACGGCUUCGGGAGCAACAACAACAACAGGGGGAACAGGUACAGUAGGAUAUCCCGUUCUCAAAACACCCAAGUAUGUGGUUCAGACUAGUCCAAGUGGCUCCUCUGGCCAUCAGCUCCAGAUGCUGGCAAGGAAGGACACGCAAAGCCUGGGAGUGGCCAUCAAUUCACUGCCGCCCAACACAAUCAUCAAAGCAACCACAAGACCUGCCCAAACAGCGUCUUGGACACCAAGCACGCCGAGCAGUAGCAGGAAUUCUACUCAGUCCACACCAACUGUGGCAGCUGAUGCCAGAGUUUCCUCCGCCGUGCGCCAAGCUGUGUUCAUUCAGAGGGAGCAACACCAGCCGCAGAGGAGCAUGAGAAAUAUGACACUUGGCUUGGUGGAUCAGGCGCCACUGCUUCAUUUGGGUGUUGCGCCACAGCACCUGUCACUACUAAAACGUCAUAUCUGCCGCAAUGCUAAUGUCACCCACAUGGACUGUUGCUUGACUCUAAGGAAACUCAAACAAAACGAGCACUUCGCCCUGUUGGCCGAGCACUUUGAGCUAAGCGAAUCAGAUGCCGAGGACACAUUCAAGCGCACGCUUAUCAAGCUGGCCCGUUACCUCCGUCCACUGAUCCGUUGGCCAGAUGCACGGCAUCACAACGAGCGCUUCAAGCAUACCCCACUGAACUACCGAGCCAACCUGUUGCAUGUACGCUCGUUGAUCGAGUGUGUGGAAACGGAUGUGCCGAUAGAUCUGGGAUUGGGCAGCGGCAGCUAUAAGUUCAUAUUGUGCAUCAAUACAAAUGGCAUUAUCAGCUAUGUGUCCAGCGCCUUUCCUGGCAGUUGCGAUGAUCUUCAAUUGUUUGAGGCCAGCAGAUUUCGGGAUGUCAUUCCCGAUUACCUGACACUAUGCGCGGAACCAGGCAAAGCAGUACGCCGUGCUCGCAGGUCGGGCUUUGGAGAUCCUCAGGACUCAGCGGAUGAGGAUGAGGCGGCGGCGGAACCAAAGCGAUCACUUACCAAAUUCGAGGCACAGCGUUUGGGUGGGCAGCUAGCAAACCAGCAAUCCCUAUCCGUUGUAGAUGGAGCACUGACUUCCAAGCGGGCUCCAGCGAUUCAACUACCCACAUUCAACGCUCAAGAACCGGCCUGUAGAGCCCAAAUGAGGGAUAUGAUAGAUUAUUUAAGGGAAUUCCGCCUGCUGGAUAAUUCGGCUAUUAAGCAAAAAUCAUUACUGGGCUAUCUUGAUGAAAUGAUCGUGGUGGCUGCGGCGUUAUGCAACCUUAAGCGCCAGGAGUUGCAAUCUUAAGUAAUAAGCGCAAUCCGCGGAGGUCUGUUUUAAAGUCAAUAAAAUGUUAUUGUCCUGGUUAAUUUAAGAAGCCCUUUUUCGUAUUUUUACUGCAAUGUAUAAACUAACUAUUAAUAAGUUCGAGUAACAGGACAUAAUUUUAAGUAUUUCAAAGAAUAAACACUACAUUGUCAUUCAA